UCGCCAGUGUAGUAUCGCCAGUGAGGCGAUACGGUGUGCGGCCUCGUGCACGAAAAGCGACGAUUUUCCACCGGGAUCCUCGUUCUAAACGACACGUCGCGUGCAACUGGCUCGAAACCUUGUUGAAAUUGGCCAAAGUUAAGCUAUGGAAGUGAAUGCGUGUUCCGAUCGACUGUCGUUCUAAGGAUUGAAGUAUACGGUGGCUACAAGAAGCGUUUUUCUUAUCAGCUUUUAUAUUCCGUUUUCAUAAUAUCGAAUUUUUAUCCCGACGACGAUAUUUAUGCAAAUUCAUACUUUUUGUGGAGAUGGUUAAAAAAUGUGGACUCUAGAUAUGGAAGAUUAAGAGAAGAAUGAUAUAGCCAUGAACCGAUCAGGAGGCGAUCGUGACGAAAGGCCGAUGGCUCAGAUGAUCCGUACACAUUGCACAGAACGGUGACAGAGCUGUAAAUUACAGCGAUGGAUAUACAGAAGAAGCACUUGUGCCCCCGCUUGGUGGAUUAUCUCGCCAUUGUGGGGGCCAGACUACCCUCAGUCUCCCGCCAGCCUGUGCAGGUUCCAGAGUUGCUGCGACGAUAUCCAGUGGAAGAUCACAAAGAUUUUCCAUUGCCGCUGGACAUGGUUUAUUUCUGUCAACCCGAGGGUUGCACCAGCGUGGGCCCAAAACGCACAGCCUUACGAGAAGCCACAUCCUUCACUUUCACCCUCACGGACAAAGACUCCGGGAGAACUCGCUAUGGUAUCUGCGUGAAUUUUUAUCGACCAAUAGAAAGGGCGGGAGUUGCGGUCGGGAGUGGAGUGUCGAUGAAAAGGGACAAGUACAAUACGACGUUUCGAAGGGAGAGUUGGAGGAAAAGCAUGGAAAAGAGCACGGAUUCUGCCUUUUCUAGCGACUAUAGGAGCAGUGCAGUGGGCCCUAGCGACUCAGAAAAAGAUUGCCCGAGCAGCAGAAGGGACUCUGACACUUCGCAUAUACCGAGUGCACCGAGAUUAGGUAUCACUGCACCGAGUGGAGAUAGUGAAAGUGGAGGAAGCCAUUCACCGUCUCCACGAGCUUCACGCAGACGACAGAGGAUACGAAAUCAUUCGCUGACGUCGUUAUGUAUCAUUUCCCAUCAUCCGUUCUUUUCGAUGUUCCGGGAAUGCCUUUUCAUUUUGAAGAAGAUCAUCGAUGCGUGUAACGAGAGUUCCUCGCCGCAGAAAGUCGGUGCUUCCCGGCAGACCAACAGAGACACCGUGUGGAGCGUUUUAACGGGACAAACACUGGAAGGAACACCAUCGAUAGUGCUACACGAUGUCCGAGAGAUCGAGACGUGGAUAUUGCGAUUGUUAAGCAGCCCUGUACCUGUUCCGGAAAAGACACGCGUCGAGGUCGAGAUCGUGUCGCAAAGUAUGCAGCCACCACUCUGUUUUGCACUCCCAGACCACACUAGAUUUUCUCUCGUUGAUUUCCCUCUGCAUCUACCCCUGGAACUUCUUGGCGUUGACAUAUGCUUGAAGGUCCUCACGUUGAUUCUCUUGGAGCACAAGAUCGUGUUGCAAUCCCGCGACUACAAUGCCCUGUCGAUGUCCGUAAUGGCGUUCGUAACGAUGAUUUAUCCUCUGGAGUAUAUGUUCCCCGCGAUACCAUUGUUACCCACGUGCAUGAGCUGCGCGGAACAGUUGUUGCUUGCACCUACACCAUUUGUUAUCGGAAUACCCGCUACUUUUUUAUUGUUCAAAACGAACUUUAAAAUGCCCGAUGACAUUUGGCUAGUGGAUCUAGACAGCAAUAAAAUAAACGCACCUACUGGUCUGGGUGAUCAAUUGCCCCCAUUACCCGAACCAGAAGGCACCGUACUAAAGAACCACUUGAAACAGGCAAUGCAACUGAUGGACCAAACCGGCUCUGGUGCAAUGGCUAGUAUGUCAGUUCCGCAAACACUUUCGCAAGACACUUCUCCGAGGACUUCUCUGCAAGCUCCAAGUAGAAGGGAGAGCCUAACUUCUCAUUUGUCCACUUUAAGUGUGUCGUCAAUGAAGCACAGACCUAGCGUCGACCAUCAUCCGAGUCCAGCGAGUUCUCCAGGAGCCAGCGCGGCUUCCGGUCAUCGUCGCUCCUCCAUAUCUCAGUCGGCGGGUUCUUCGUCACCUCAAAAACCAUUCUCUUCCCAAACCAUGCAAUCUUUCAACCCAUUCAUUUAUGGAAACGACGUGGACUCUGUAGACGUGGCUACGAGAGUGGCCAUGGUGCGUUUCUUCAACUCUCAGAACCUUCUGGCGAACUUCACCGAGCAUACGAGGACACUCAGGCUAUAUCCGAGGCCUGUAGUCGCCUUUCAGAUCAAUUCUUUUCUCCGAUCAAGGCCACGGACCAGUCAUUUCUUGAAUAAGUUCGCUAGAACUCAGGCGGUGGAAUUUUUGGCUGAAUGGUCGCUCACUCCGAGCAACGUGGCGUUCUUGAGAGUGCAAACAGGGGUGUUUGACCCAGCUCAAAUCGGAGACAAGCCAAAGUGGUACGCCUCGAAUUUAGAACCUAUUUAUUUCCCUGUUUGGGACAACGGUAGCUCGUUGGCGAACGCUUUGAAGGCAAUGAAGGAACACGAGAGUCAACCGACUGACGAAAGCGGGUCUGACUCGGAAGGUGCUGAGAGUACGAGUUCCUCUUAUUCGUCGCUGAGCGAUUUUGUAUCCGAGAUGGUGUCGUCCGACUUGUCUCCAAGUUACAAUUGUUCACACGCGGCGCAGCCUCAACCAAUGUCCCUGUCCGUGGACCCAAAGAACGUUUACGAUCCACCCAGUUCAUUGCGAUAUCCUGGAGUGGACGAAGAAUCGACAGUGAGGCCAGAAAGUCCUUUGAGCACUUCCUCCAGUCACAGUGACCUAAGCAGUCCUAGUUUCAACAGGGACUCUGAGUUCGAGUUAAACCCCAAAGUUCAAGAAGGUUCACAGUCAACCAAUGAUAAAGAGGAGGGUGGUAGCUUUGAGUCAGACUCAGCGUCCACGAUAACACCACGCACAAUCCUGAGCGCACAAAGUUCAGUAGGACAGUUUGGAGUAGGGAAGGGGCGUUCUUUAGCGACUCCGAGCAUCGGCGACACCGAACGUCCUGCCACAUCCCACAGGACUUCUCGCGUCAGUAGAUAUGUCGUUCCUAUUCAACCAAGUGCGGCAAGUCUGCAGCGUCACCCAAGUGUGGGUAACGUUUUAGCAAGGACGUCGAGCUUUGGAGCAGGACCAUUUUCCCGACAGACGAGUAGUAACAGUAGCAACGAAAGUGAAUCGUCGAUGGUUUCUCGACAAUUAUCUGUGAGUACUAGUGGACAGAAGCAGGCCGAAGGUUUACCAAGACAAGCUUCCAGUGUGACUGGAAAUGGUGUGUUAAGACAAGGUUCUCAAGGAUCGUUGUUAGAACAAAUAGCGAGCCAGGCGAAGGAUUUGGUCCGUGAAACUAAGAGACAGAGCAGCCAGGAUGGAAUUCUUGCUCAGAUGGAUAAGUUGAAACAUCAGGCGAAGGAGAAGAUUACAGAGGCCGGUGAAGAUAGUCUCUUCGCGCCAUUGGAACAAUUGACGCAACAGACGAAGAAAGCCAUGGGGGAGGCAACAAAAUCUGUUCAAGAAGCUUCGAAGAGCGCUUUGGAAGCUAGUAAAACCGCGGCUGGAGUCAGCAAAAAUACAUUCGAUGAUUUAACGUACGUAAGCAAGAGCACUUUUGGAGACUUGACGAAAAGUGCCAAAGAGGUUGCUGCGAAGAAAGGUUUACUCAAGGGCCUUGGCGAUACGCAGCAUUCACCCCCAUCGCCUCCGGGAAUGUUGCAACGAAGAGAUUCGAGUAGCACGCAACUGGUCGCUUCGGAUAACCGCGGAGGGCGCCGGGAAAUCGGACGUGAUUUUUUCAGCAAUAUUAGUAGUGAUUUAAAUGGCAUCGCUACGCAAACGAGCAACAUGUUUAGCGAUCUGUUUGGUAGUAAAAGUAGUUCUAGUCGAAAUACCGGCUUCCCUCAGUCCCAAAAGGCGGAUAAGAAGACACCAUUACUCGGACCUUUCCCUAAAAGUAAGACAGGAUUGGUCGAACGCUCGUCAUUGAUAAAACACUCGACGAAUAAAGCCAAUCAGGAAGAUAUUCAGAGGAUGCAGAAUGCAGAGAGAUCUAGUACAAAUAGUGACAAUCAAGCUUUCCUGACGGAUGUGGUGAAUCAGGUGAUAGCCGGCGAAGGCGUUGGUUGGCUAAAAUUGAAUAGGCUGAAGAAACUAAUGGAGGAUGAGAGCUAUCGAGAUCUGGUGGUGACGAAACUGAAUAAGGGUCUUCAUAAGAAGAUUAGUCCUGACGAUCAUAUCGACGAUGUGUGUAUCUCGAAACCAGUUUACAAGGGAAUGCUAAAGUGCCUUCAAGCAGUGGCUCACGGUCUUGGACACACUUACAAUAACUUCGGUUUAGGUGGAAUGGCGUCAGUCUUCCAGCUGUUGGAGAUUGCACACACUCAUUAUUGGAGUAAGGAUCUUUCAGAGGGUGGUUUCGAUAGUUCACUAAUGUCUCAAGCAUCUAGCCCAUUUGGCAGCAGGGAAAAUUUGAAGUCUCCACAGUCUCCUGUACAGCCCGAAUUUUCGAAGUCAGAUACGUCUCAACUUCAUUUGGAUAUGUCACACGGCCACGCACCACCGGCCAACGAAGGGAGCCAAUCGACGACGGACACGUUCUUCGAUGUGUUCACGAAAAAGGGAAAGUUCCUCAGCAGGCUAACGUCCUUCGACUCUGAGAGUGGGCGGGGAGGUGGAACAGGAAGCAGCGAAGCUUUAUCCACAGACGGAGGUAGCAUAAUCACUAAUCCUGCUUUUCGGCAAGCGCACCAGGCGUCUUUCCGAAGCACUGUCUCUGAUAGCGAGGUCGAACAAGGCAAUUUUUCAAGACAACCGAAGCAACGAACGGGAAGUGUUUGGUCGAGCAAGUCUUCCUUGAGCACCGGUUUCCGGUACCAUGGAGGAAGCUUGGUACCAACCAUGGCUGCUCCUAGUCCAGAAGCUGCAAGAACUUAUUUAUUCGAAGGUUUACUGGGUAAAGAAAGAUCGUCGCUUUGGGACCAGAUGCAAUUUUGGGAGGAUGCCUUUUUGGACGCAGUGUCUCAAGAGAGAGACAUGAUCGGCAUGGAUCAAGGUCCUAGAGAAAUGAUGGAAAGGUAUAAGAAUUUGAGCGAGAGCGAAAAGAAACGACUGGAGCAUGACGAGGAUAGACUGCUGUGCACCCUGUUGCACAAUUUGACGGCGAUUUUAGUGAUGCUGAACGUGAAUAAGGACGAAGUGAAACGGAAAGUAAGGAGGCUAUUGGGAAAGAGUCAUAUUGGUCUGAUCUACAGUCAGGAGCUCAAUCAACUUCUCGACCAAAUACACAAUCUCUAUGGGAACGAUAUAGAUUUGAAGCCUCUGACAUCCAGACAAAUGCAUCGUCAAUCUUUCACCGUGCACGCUGGAAUCGAUGCAGAAGGUGAUCUACGAUUUCUCGAGGUACGCCACGAUGGACUUGUCCUGAGAUCUGUGAACGGCGUGAUCGUGGAGCGAUGGUGGUAUGAGCGUUUGGUGAAUAUGACUUACAGUCCGAAGAACAAAGUAUUGUGCCUUUGGCAGCGAAAUGGCGGGCAAACUCAGCUGCAUAAGUAUUAUACUAAAAAGUGCAAGGACCUAUACUACUGCAUAAAGGAUGCAAUGGAAAAGGCAGCAGCCCGUGGCCGUGGAAUGAACUUGGAUAUCGAACUCGGCGGCGAGUUUCCAGUUCAGGACAUGCGCACCGGCGAGGGUGGGCUUCUUCAGGUUUGCAUGGAGGGCGUGGGUCUCCUCUUCGCGAAUAGCAAGGAUUUCGAGUUUUUUGUAAGACUCGAUCAUAUCCGCAAGUGCUUUACUCAGAAGGAUGGGAUCUUUGUAUUGGAAGAAUUCAAUCCUAAAACUAGACAAGUAAUUCAACGUAAAUAUAAGUCUCAAAUGGCAGAUCAAAUCUGUUACUCGGUCCUCUGUGUGUUCUCUUACUUGGCCGUUGGGUUGGAGCAAAGAAAGCAACAACAGAACCAACAGCAGCAGCUCCCGCGUCAAUCCCAGCCCCAGCCCCAGCAACAGCAACAGCAACAGCAACCACAACAGCACCAACAACAACCACAACGUCAACAACCUCAGUCACAGCAACGUCAGCAACCACAGCAGAAGCAACAAUAUCAACAACACCAACAAACACAACAACGUGCACAGUAUCAGCAGCAACGUCAACAACAACAGCAACAGCCUCAAACUCAACAACAUUCAGGUAGCAAUGUCGGCCAACCUAAUCAAGGCCAUAGAAACGCGCACCUCGAUUCUUUUCCUAAGCAUCACUGACACAGAGGCAGACACUCGCUCCCAUUUGUGCAUAAUUACAAUAAAUGUGCCCCCUACGCUUGCCUACCUUGGGUGUAAACACUCGUUUCAACCUUAAUCCAUUUGCAUCGUUAAGGAAUUUAAAAGAAUGGGCCUUCCAAAUGUUGGAUGUGGAUGAUAAUGAGUAAAUUAUACAGAUUCUUAGGUAUGAUAAAAUUUAUUGAAGUAAUAAAAAAUUAAUAGCACCUAGGAAAAUUUUUUCGAACAGCACUAAUGGCUGAUCGUAAUGAAAUUUGACGAGUUUUAUGGGGAAGAACAGCGAAUAGAAAAUGUGAAAUCUGAACUUUGGCAAUUUGAAAGAAAGUCUAGGAUUUCAUAUACAGAAUUAGUCAUUAGAUUAUUUACUUGAAUAAUUCGAGAACGAAAAAAAAAGAAAUGUAAUCUAUUUCAGAUGUUUGCAAAAGUUUACAAAUGUUUGCGAACGUUUGUAUUGGAAUAUUCACCGAGUAUUUGUGAUUCUCUAUCCGAUGACAAAUGAUUCGCAAGCAUUUCAAUAAAAAUGGACCAAUUAUUUGUUCUUGAAAUAUAUAAAUUCCUGCGUCAUCCUAAUAUCAAUUCCAAAGGGAACGCUAUACACGUUAUUACAUACGCCUCCGAUGCAAAUGGAUCGAAACGAGCAGAAAAAUCUAAUCUAAAAAGUCUAAUCUAAAGAAUCUUUAAUUUUCAAAUUCUCAAAAAUCGUUUCAUUUCAACUUUGAUCUCUGACUAUAAAAAAUUGGUAAUCGUUGCACGCGCCGCUCAAACAGCGGUAUAUCAUCCUCCGAUCAUUCUCAGAGAGUCAGCUCUAAGUUUCCUCUAAAUGUGGAAAACCUGUUUCGUAUUCUAUUCGAGAAAAGUAGUCGAUGGAAUCGAACGAGGGUAUUUUGAGACUGGAAUCAGACUGGAGGGUUAAAACGACAACACGUUGCCUAACGAACUAGCUAAGUCGAUUAUUUAACAAGAAUAAUUUUCAAUGUAAAAUAUGAUAUAGUGAAAUUAAGUUGUAAGUUGGUUUCAAAUUCUUUUAAAGAAUUACAGAACUCCGAACUUUGUAACCUCGAAUGGUAUUUAUGAAUAUUUACUUCGAAAAUUAUUUAUCAGAUCGAAAUCUAUCCUUUUUAUUAAUUUCAGUUUGGAUUGUUCAUUGCGUUCUAAGGAUAUAUCUUUUCAGUUGGAAAAUUGAGAAUUAUUCUACGAAAUUCUUCAUAGAGUUUGGUGUCUUAAAUAAAAAUAUAUUCAAAUCCAGUGGUAAUUUCUAUGACAGUCAACGUGUUAAGCGUUUCAUAAAGCAAUUGAAAAAAUAAUUCGUGAAUCAAAAAGUGAAAAGAAAAACAUCAUUGAGAAAUUGGCUGAUUAACUGGACACAAUCGUGAUAAUUAUUUACAAAGCGGGAGUCUUGGGUGUAAAAUGAUUAAAAUGAAUUGCGAAGCAUUUUUUCAACAGUUCUCGGUGGAAGAACUUGAAAAAUUAUCGAUUGACGAUUCGAAGCAAAAUGAUGUUGAUGAUGAUGAUGAUGAUGAUGAUGAUGAUGACGACGACGACGACGGUGAUGAUGAUGGUGGUGGUGGUGAUGAUGGUGAUGCUAAUGAUGAUAAUGAUGAUGAUAACAAUAACAAUAAUAAUAAUAAUAAUGAUGAUAAUAAUAAUAAUAAUAGUAACAGCAACGUAAUAGAGUAACAAUGGUUAUUGUACAUUCGGAAGUAUGGAUUCGAGUGGUAUUUAAAUGAACAAAUAGAAGAUCGUACUGGGCGAUUUACAUGUUCUUUGAUCCUCUUACUAUGGAUCGUAAGGAAGACUUAUAAGAGAAAAGGAAUAUAUCUCUCUAAUAGUUUCAUUCUUUGAUAUGUCCAUUGUGUGCACGUGUAGAGACAUGAAGUAAUAAAGCUUGUGUAGUUGCUGGAGGAAAUAUAACGAGGUAUGAAAACAGCAACUAUAGCAAGAUACAUUUUAUUGCGGGCAUUGAAGAGAAAAAUUUAAGAAAUUUUUAAGGGAACAGGAACUUCAUAAAAUAUACAUCCUGUAUUUUAAAAAUUAUCCAGAGUGAUAUACAAAUUGGAAGUGAAAUAUUUAAAGACAUAUAUAUAUAUAAAUAUAAAUCCUCGUAUUAAGUUUUACCUCGCGAAUAUUGUGGUGACGAUUAUUUUGACGGAUUGCGGUAAAGCAAGAAAUCAUAAUCGUAUACGACUUCGUUAAAUUUCUCCCAGCAACGAUAAAAAUAUAUUAGUCGUUCGUGAAAGAAAUCUACUUAUACCGCCGUUAAACUAUCCUUCGAAGCUUCGAAGGAGGUCCGCGUAUAAUCAAUGGCGUGGUCUUUCUUGGCGGUGUUUUCUAUGAAUAGCACGUAAAGCAAUUCUGAGAUACAAUAAAUGAGAUAGAGAAGAGAAAAAAAAAAAGAAAUAAAAAGAAUAAAAAAAGUAGAGGAAGAACUAAUAUUCGUAUAAUCGGUGGAACAAUUUUGUAUAAAAUACAUCGAAACAGACCGUAACUGUGAUCAUCUAAUUUGAUGGAGAAAAAUGAAGAUGAAAGAAGGUGAAGAUGAAUUUCAUAUGGCCGCAUGAAAUAGCCCAAAAGAGUAUUAUGUAUAAUCUCGGAUAGGAUCGAUACAAUAGCCGUCUCUCCCUCUCUAUACAUAAUCAUGCAUUCAUUUCAACUAAUUGUAUCGUUGUUGUUGCAAGAUCUGUUUUAAGACGUUUUGACUCGUUAAUGCCGUUAAAAGAGAUGAACGAUUUUAUUCAGACUUUCUCUUUUCUUUUUUAGGAUUUUAGUCGGAGUCGUAAUAGGUGUGAGGAAUAAUUAUUGUUUUCUAGUCGACGAAUGGUCGGUCUGGAGGAGACAAAGGGAUUAGAAAAAGAGAUUCGUGGUCCACGUUGAUCUUGAAAUUUGAAAUCACGUGAAUUCUUUGAGCUUGGCUAGUAAUUUUAUUUAAAAGAAAUUUAAAGUCGAGGAAAUUACAAAUUCUCAAAAUUCAUAGAUAAAGUUAGUUAAAGUUAGCUGAUAUUAUGCUAAUUUCUUGCAAAAAAAUAGUUGAAGUUUUUCUAUUGUCUAAAAGUCAAAACUUCCAAACUUAAAACAAUUAAAAAUUGAAAUUCCUAAAAUUGAAAAUAUAAAAAUAAAAAAUUCUCAAAUGUGAGAAAGUUAAAAUAUAAAAUUUCCCAAUAUUUCAAGAAUGUUUACACUAUUUAACAACAAUCAUUUUACAAUCCUUAAAAUAAUUUGAGGAUUAAAUUAAUUAAGGAUUAAUUCUCGAAGAUGUUGACCAAAAAAAAAAAUAUUCCUUAAUUCUACGUUGCAAAUUUCAGGAUCAAUUAUAUGCUCUCUCCCUAAAGUUGCAAUAAAAGAAGAAAAAUGUGUAAAGAAGCGAUGAGUAUAGUGGUUAAACAGACGUAUAACAUAUUCUCUAAACUAACGGGCUUUAAAUCUCCAAGGCUGACUAUUUGCAUACUUUACCUCAUGAUAAUUAACGCGAAGUAAGAAAGGAAUGAGUCGGUCGUGCUAAUGUAACAAGUUAAUUACGUAUAUAUUUUAGUAUGGAUACUAAAUAAUGUAAAGGUUAAUGUAUAUUUGUAAUGAAUGUCGAAGCGUCGAAUACGAGCGUCGAUUUAUCUCCUUAUUUUAUUCGAAUUCAUUAAAAUUAAAAAUGCAUACUACGAUCAAUUUUUCGAUUUAUCAAGAUUAUCAUAGCGAAUAAAAGGAAAGAACAGCCGUAAGUAUACGAGAUAAUGAAACGUCGCAUUUCUGAACAUUUAUCGUGUAAAAUAAUAAUUUGUAUGCAACGUUAAUUUACGAUUUUGUUGUAAGCUUGGCCGUAAGCACUGAUCGUAAGUUUGAGAUUAACUUUUUAAUUUAGGCUUUAGAUUCGUUUCUUUCGUGCUUAGUGUACGACAGCGAAAAGUUGAGAAAGGAAUACAAAAGAUAAAAAGCAAAGAUUUGAGAUUAAUGAUUUAGCGUGGUAAUUCGAAAAUUUGAACGUUUCCGAAUAUCUUCGAUACAAUAGCAAAUUAAAUUUUAAAUGAUACAAAUUUCAUAUACGAGGUUCAAUUGCUUAUUAAUACUUGUUUCGCUACUUACAGACUUUAAUAACUUAAGACGAUUACCGAAGAAUUAUCCUGCUCUCAGAUAAUUGAUAAUUAUAAAUAAACACAUUUGUUUCUACACUUCAUCUAAAAAUAAAUUCGAUGUUAAAUGUAAUCUCAAACUUAUAUUCAGAACUGCACAUCAUUUUUCAUGCAUAACAAGUGAAACUUUACGAUAUGUAUCACCCUUUCAAGUUAUUAUAUCUCGUAUCUGUGAUCUUAAAUUUUGUAAAUCAAUCCUACGUUUAAGUUUAAUUAUUGUUUCUGGUGAUGUGCGUGCAACGGAAGAUGCAAUCAAAAAAAUGAAGCUUCAAAUUACAUACAUGUACUUACAUUUCGUAGAUAGACCGUGUUGUCGAAUCGAUACGGCUGAAACUCAACGUGUUCCCCUGCAAACAAGAAAAUAAAAAAAUAAAAUUUCACAUAUCUCGUAUGUAAGAGGAAACCCACGAGCAUUCUAUUCCUCCAUUGUUCUCUCCGCACGUGAUUAGCCUUUUCAAUAAAAUUAAUUAUGAUUAUUAUUAUUAUUUGAAACGGUGAGUUUGAUAACAAAUAUAAAAAUUUAGUGAAAAGUUGAAAAAAAUAUCAAAAGCCUAGAAAUACUUCCGAAGGUUUAACGUGCAAAGACAAAGUUUGAAAAUUUCUAAAAGAUAUUAGGAUUUUGAAAAAUCUUGAUGUCUUGGAAGUUUCAGAAAAAUUGAUUCAUUUUACAAAACAGAUAUAUAUAUAUAUAUAUAUAUAUAUAUAUAUAUAUAUAUAUAUAUAUAUAUAUUAAUCCAAUAAUUCAUGAAAUUAAAAGCUGGAAAGUUUUGUAAUUAAAAAUUCUAUCGAACGAUUUAGGAAAUUAAGAUAGACAUUAUUUAAUUACUUUCAUAAUCCUCCAUUUUUUGUUCUUUUCUUUAAACACGUUUCAAUUCGUAUUUUUAAACCUCGAACACAAUUCCAUUUUGAUCAAAAUUUUAUUGAUAAAUAUUAUUGGAAAGUUAGCAUAAAGACGCGUAUCAAUGAAUCUUCAGAGAAGUAUUUUUAUACUUCUGACCCAUACGAUACGUUUAUCUUGUAAAACCGAGCUCUGAGUUAAUAUCAGACUGUGUUUUAUUUCAUCGUGGAACACAAUUAUACACAUAUAACCAAUUAGAGAAUAACUUGUUAUUAAAAAGACAUGUUCUCUAUAAUGUUCAACGUACCUUAUAAACAGAGAACAAUUCAAUAAACAAAUUUAAUCUAAUUUCACAAUUAAUUGAUAAACUACGAUAAAUAACGAAUCGUGUCGUUUGUACGUGUUACGAUUAAACGAAAAUGAAUAUACGAUCAUGAACAAAAGUUUGAAUUUGAACAAAAAUUGACACAGAUUAGCUCUAUUUGUAAAAUUCUUUGUAAAACUUGUAAAAAGCAUGAUUCCUUUUUUCUUGCAAAAUAUAAGAUUCAAGAUUUCUGAGUAUAGCUAAUAUCGAUUUUUUAUGUUUCAUGAAUAACUGUUACGAGAACUAAAAUUCCUGUCCUAUUCAGAGUUUUUAUAUUAAUUCUGAAAUCGUUAUUUUUCUGUUUCUAUAUCGAUUCUUAAACGGUUUUAGAAUCAAUUUCCGUAUUUUCUAGUAAUUGAAAUAUAUUGCAUUAAAAACAAUUCAUCGUAUAUUUCUAAUUAUUCAUUUUCAUGCUGCAGCUGCUUAACAAUAAUAAAUUACAAUAUAUUUGACCAUUAUACUCGAAGGAAUCGUGUAUUCAUCAUUGUCACAACGAUACGUGACGAAUUUAAUAACAGGCGAACGAGAACGAAUACUAACAAUAAUAAUUAUAAUAAUGAAAUGGAAAAAAAAGCAGAAAAGUGUUUUAUUAGAGCUUCGAUCGGGAGCGGAUGCGAUACAAAGUUUCAAAUGUAUAGUACUCAGUAAUGUAGGCGCCUUAUAUCAAUAAAUAACUUGUAGAUUUGAAGCGAAGCACGUGUUUAAUUCAGAACCUAUGGUAAUUUAUCGUAUUAACUUUUUAAACAAGAAUUCAUAAGUAAUUUUCGUGUUACGGAAAUUAUUAAAGGAUACCAAAUAAUACGUUCUGAUAUUUCCUUUCUUUUUUUCUAAAUUAGUGCUCCAAUAGUACAAUGGAUGUUUCGAGCGACAGGAUAAUUGAUUUCGCAAUCUAAAGCGCGUCGCUCAUUAGCCUUAAUUCGCUAACGAACUACUUCCUUAUACACUUUGCAAAUAAGGCAUACUAACUUGAAGACAAUUACAUAAUAUAACACAUAUACGAUAAUGUAAUUACACGUUAACAACUAACAAAAAUUUUCCCAUCUGAUCACCAUUGGUAUAUUCUUACAAUAAGUAAAUAACGAACAUGCUGUUAUACCAUUAUGUACCACAGAAGCGCAAUGACAAACAGAUGACAAGGGCUUCUCAAUUAACGUUCUAUAUGUACGCACCUAAUCGUAUAGUGCGCAGCUCACCGUAACUGCAGUCGAGCAAAGAAGUUCAUCACGGUCGCUUCGACCAAAUAUCUUCAAUAAAGUCUAAUUCUCCGAGCUAAAAUCUAAUUCGCAAAAUCUCAAGUUUAGCUUUUUAAAGAAAAAGAUUCAUCUAUCAAAAACUGAAGAAAAAUUUCGGAAAAU